CAUAAUAGCAAGACCCUCCCCCACUCACACCAAAAGUCGGUCAUCUAGCUUCUUUUUCGGUCAACGGCAAGUUGGACUAACUAGUUGCGAGUCACAGAAUGCGAAGGGAACUAAUAUUGUUGUACGUGUCGCUACUACUGCUGGCAAGUGGUGGAAUAAUCAGAGCUGAUGUCGGAGAAAGUGGCGAAGGUCCUCUUGCUCCCGCCUGCACUGAGUAUGAUGUCCGUCUGGCAGAAGGCAACAAUGGGUAUAUGGGAAUGGUGGAGGCAUGCUACACCCCUCCUGGCGCCAACAGCUCUCUGUGGGGUCCCAUAUGCGUCACUAGUUUUAACUACUGGACUGUGAGGCACGCUAAGACCAUCUGUACUCAGCUUGGCUUACCUUCCAAAGAUGCAGUUGCCAUAUCGUAUGAGAAUGUAACAGGACCAUAUUCCUAUGGGUUGGUGUGGUGUAGUAGUUUGAACCCACCAAGUAGCCUGCACGGAUGUGAUGCAGAGGACAUUGCACCUACCUGCAAUCGCGCCAAAAGAGCUGGAGGAGUCAUAUGCCAUGUUCCAGAGAAUAAUACGUGUGAGACGGGAGCUGUUCGUCAAGUAAAUGGCACCAAACUGGCAGGGAGAGUGGAGGUCUGUUUCAAUGGGGUGUGGGGAACCAUCUGCAAAUUCGAACGUUGGAGUAGUCUCGAAGCUUCCGUUGUGUGCAGGCAGUUAGGAUUGGGCAACGAUUCUGCGAUACCUAUUGGAGUUACGACAGAUGCAAUGUUUGGUGUUGGGCCAUCAACACAGCCUAUUCUCAUCAUCGAAUGUGGAGUGCUCUGGCAAUGAGAGCAAUAUAACCGAGUGCUCUCAUUCUGACGUGAAUAGUGUGGGGGUUUGUUUACACGCCGAUGAUGUUGGUGUAAUAUGUGAAGGUCCUCCAGGUAGCUGUCGAGACGGUGACAUACGUGUGCAAGGUGGUACAGUCGGCACCGUUGACUCUGUGAGUGGUAACAUUGAAGUCUGCUACACUGGGCUCUGGGGAACAGUGUGUGCUGCAACAGGCGACUGGACUAAUGAAAAUGCCCAAGUGGCCUGCAGACAGCUAGGAUAUGCUGAAGUUGAAACUACUGAGGUUAGACCGCUGCAGUCUGGUGACUUUCACCUCCAGAGUCUUCUGUCUGGAGUGAACUGCUCUGGAUCAGAAAAGAGACUGGCUGACUGUCAUCAUGAUGGUGUGGAUUUGGCUGACACUACUGGUUGUGCACGGGCCUUUGUCAGAUGUCUGAAAGCAAAUUCCUACUCCAGUCACUCCAGGAAAUUCAUCAAGUACUGCAGCCAACACAGCAGUCAUCAUAGGUGGCAGUGUUGGAGCUACUGUUUUAGUGUUACUGAUAUCAGUGACUGUAGUUGUCACUGGUACACGUAUUGUCCUCAGAGAACAAGCUGUCAGGAAGAAGAUGAGUUACAAUCUGGAGAAUGCAAGACGGAGUCCUUCAGGCUGUCUCAUAGUACUGUAGUACACCACACCCUGACACAAGAUGUGAAGGUCACAUUGCUUCAUUCUGUGGGUGCACAGGGUUAAUUUGGUGCCUUGAAGAUUCACACACAUUGUGUGUGAUUGAAAGAAGGCUUACCUAUAAUUAUUCUACAGACCGCCUAGUACUAUAUACCUGAGUAGGCUGGCUGGACUUGUAAAAUUGAUAUAACACUUGUAUACUGGAUAAAUAAAUGCAACUAGCCCUCUUCCCUCAAAUGUGUUAUUGGUAACGUUUACUUUCUAUGUAUCUCCUAAAUAUGAUGCACACACACACAUUCAGUCCCAGCAUACAUCGACAUGAGUCCCUCGGCAGGCCUCAAACUACCUGGAGACUGGAGCCAGUAUCUUCCAGCAACCAGGUGGACAUGUACAGUGAGUGGAGAGAGGUCCUCAAAAGUAUACUUCUGACUGAAGAGCUGACACUCACCGAGAGCCUUGGGGAAAUUUGUGUGCAUU